AUGGGCGACCCCGAGAGGCCGGAAGUGGCCGGGCCUGAGCUGGAGGAGAGGUUAUCUUCAGAUCCCAACGAACAUGAAGCGAAGUCAGAUGAAGAACCGCUCCUGAGGAAGAGUUCGCGCCGGUUUGUCAUCUUUCCAAUCCAGUACCCGGAUAUUUGGAAAAUGUAUAAACAGGCGCAGGCAUCCUUCUGGACAGCGGAAGAGGUUGACUUAUCAAAAGAUCUCCCUCACUGGCACAAGCUUAAACCAGAUGAGAAGCAUUUUAUCUCCCACAUCCUAGCCUUUUUUGCAGCCAGUGAUGGAAUUGUGAAUGAAAAUUUGGUGGAGCGGUUUAGUCAGGAGGUGCAGGUUCCAGAAGCUCGCUGUUUCUAUGGCUUUCAGAUUCUCAUGGAGAAUGUUCAUUCGGAGAUGUACAGUUUGCUAAUAGACACUUACAUCAGGGAGCCCAAGAAAAGGGAAUUUUUAUUUAAUGCAAUUGAAACAAUGCCAUAUGUUAAGAAAAAAGCAGAUUGGGCAUUGCGUUGGAUAGCAGAUAGAAAAUCUACAUUUGGGGAAAGGGUGGUGGCCUUUGCUGCUGUAGAAGGAAUUUUCUUCUCAGGAUCAUUUGCCGCUAUAUUCUGGCUAAAGAAAAGAGGCCUGAUGCCCGGACUCACCUUUUCCAAUGAGCUCAUCAGCAGAGAUGAAGGGCUUCACUGUGACUUUGCCUGCCUGAUGUUUCGAUACUUAGUAAAUAAGCCUUCAGAAAAAAGGGUCAAGGAGAUCAUUGUUAAUGCUGUUGAAAUUGAGCAGGAAUUCUUAACAGAAGCCUUGCCAGUUGGCCUCAUUGGAAUGAAUUGUGUUUUGAUGAAACAGUAUAUUGAGUUUGUAGCUGACAGAUUACUUGUGGAACUUGGAUUCUCAAAAAUUUUUCAGGCAGAAAAUCCUUUUGAUUUUAUGGAAAACAUUUCUUUAGAAGGGAAAACAAAUUUCUUUGAGAAGCGUGUUUCAGAGUAUCAGCGUUUUGCAGUGAUGGCGGAAAACACAGAUAAUGUAUUCACCUUGGAUGCAGAUUUUUGA